GUUUACCUUCAUCGCAGCUACAGAUACUUCCUAUACAUCAGUCAUGAGAGUCUGAACGUAUAGACUACCAAUUGCCUCUCCCCGACCGAUACCUCCCCAACACGUGUCACUCAACCACACACCACCAAGAUGACCUCCUCCGCCGCAGACUACCAGAGUCAAUCCCCAGGAAACCCCAACAUAUCCUGGCCGAUAUCUCGCCCAACGGACUCCUCCUCCAGCCCCGAACCCACCUCCACUCCCAAUAGCAACAACACCGACACCAACAACACCUGGCACCCGCGCCGAAUCCGACUUCAAGAGCCCUCCCCCCCAGCCCCACCCCCCUCCCUCGACCGCAGCAACUACCCCAACGGGCCCAAGUCCCUCUCCGGCAUCUCUCUGCGCGCAUUCCUCCUCGGCACAACCCUGGGCCUCACCCUCUCCCUCACAGCAGUCAUCCUCACCACCACUACCGCCGCCGCCGCCGCCGCACACCCCCUCUGGCGCGCCCCCUUCUUCCUCGCCGCGCUCAGCGCCUUCCACUUCCUCGAAUACUGGGUCACAGCCGAAUACAACACGCACUACGCCUCCAUCUCCGCCUUCCUCCUCUCCUCCAACGGCUGGGCCUACAACCUCGCCCACUCCUCCGCCCUCCUAGAAUGUCUCCUAUCGCACACCCUCUGGCCUACCCUCUUCCCCUGGUCCCUUAACCCCACAGCCACAAAAGCCCAAGUCACGCUGGGCCUGGCCCUCAUGGCCAUCGGCCAGAUAACCCGCACCCUCGCUAUGGUCCAGGCAGGCAGUAACUUCAACCACACGGUGCAAGUCGAGCGCAAGGACGGCCACACGCUCGUCCAGCACGGGAUCUACGCCGUCCUGCGCCAUCCGAGCUACUUUGGCUUCUUCUGGUGGGGCCUCGGCACGCAGCUGGUGCUGGGUAAUGUGGUCUGUUUUGCGGGCUAUGCGUUUGUGUUGUGGAACUUUUUCCACAAUCGGAUUUAUAGAGAGGAAAAGUUCCUGAUCGCUUUCUUUGGGGAUGAGUACCUUGAAUACCGCAAGCGGUCGUGGGUGGGAAUUCCUGGACUCCGGUAAUUCCGGGGUCGUGUAGUGUGUACAGUUAGCAAUAUAGAUAGAGUAUGUAUGCUUAGUGUCAAUUCAAAUCCCAGCAUGAAGUAAG